AUGAAACUGAAAUUUGAAGGGCUUUUAUGCAAAAAUGAGGGCUACCAUUUGAAGGGUUUCCGAUGCCUCCACGCCGAUCUCGACUUCCUAGGAGUCGAUCUCAUUCGCAGCCUAGCGAGGGAGAAGUUCCCGCAGCAUCCUCCCCUCCAGCAGCUUCCUUUAUUGGGGUCGAGUUCCCCGCGGGCAGCCUUCCUCCUCAUGCUAAUACUGGUUGUAGCCGGGAGGUCUUCUCUUCAGCUUCCAUCAGGCAGCGAGCUUCGAUCACAUGAGCAUUCUGUUGCGCAGCUGAUGGCUACCGUGGCGAGGAAGGAUACAGGUAGAGCCGAGUUACUCAGCUCUUUGGAUUCCGGCCGUGAGGAAGUGGCUAGAUUGAAGGAGGCCUUGAGGCACGCCGAGGAGUCCGUUACUCUUAUUGCAGAAGACCUGGCUGGAUUAGAGCGUUCUCGUGAACAGACGCUCGAGAAGCUGGGAUCUACACAGGAGAGAAUGAUGAAGCUGAAGAAUGAAGCUGCGAAGAUCUUAAGCAGUUCCGAAGACUCUGUCCGAGCUAGUCUGCAGGCAGAACUUGAGCAGAGCUAUGUAGACAGGCUUUCUAGUUUAGAGUCCUAUGUUCUUAGCCGUCAGUUGCCUUCGGGCUAAUGAGCUUUU